UUUUAAUUUUUAUUCUUUAGUUUUGAAUAAUUUAUUUGAUGGUCUAUAAAUCUGCAAAUCCGAAUCAGUUUUAGGGUUUCCUUCCAUCUCCGUCCCAUCCCUACCGAAAUCAGAAAAAAGCUUGUGCAUCCAUCUAUGGCUACUCGCUUCAUUUAAUUUAUGCGGAGAAAGGGCACUCCUCUUGCUCACCUGCAAAAAUAUAUAUAUUUGCGCACACAAACAUAUGUUUGAAUUAUCAUGCGAAGAAUUACCAAAAGCAGCGUGCUUUAUUUUCUCAGAUAUUUGCUGGAUAUAGCCCAUGAGCUGGAAUGAUGGUUGUCCUUGAUCUUGAUCUGAGUUUUUCUGGGGAGAUUGAUGAGGUUGGGAGAGAGAGAGAGAGAGAGAGAGAAAGAGAGAGCUGAGGAUGUGGGUUAUCAUAGGGAGAUCCUGACUUAGGAGAUGUGAACCUAUUGAUCUGGAACGACAUAAUUUCUGCUUCCCGUAGGUUUUACUUGGUGAUGGAUUUGGAAAGUGAAUGUUCCGCACUAGAAUCCGUGGAGGAUAAUGAGGUGACCUCCGAAAGAGAAAGAACGCCUCACUUCAAUGAGAGUAAGAUAGAAAUUAAUGGAUCUUGUGCAAAUGAGAUUUUGAGCUUGAGCUCUGCUCAACUGGAGGACCCCAAGCUAUUGGCUACCAACAUGGAGGUUAAGGAUGUUGAAACUGAAAAUCCAGUAAAUUCACCUUCUGCAAAAUCUGCCCAUGCUCCUGGAGAGUCACCUCCUCCAACAAUGAAGGGUUAUGGGCUGAAGAAGUGGAGGCGCAUUAGGAGAGAUUUUAUCAAUGAUGCAAGUACUAAUCUUGACUCUAGUAAAAUAUUAAAGCGGGGUUGGUCCACACCUGCCAGUCCAACAAGACAUCCACGGCUUCCUAUGGAAAUCAAUAAGAUGAGUGAAGGUUCUGUUGAAUCUGUAAAUUUGUUGGUAAGAAACCUUGGUGCUGCGGACAUCCCUUGCUCCAACUCAGAUUCUAGGUUGGCUGUUGGGUCUGGUUUUUCUGUUAGUGCUGAUUCUGAGAACAGCGAGGAUCAAAGUAGCAAGUCUUCUACUGCAGCCAGUGCUCCAAAGGUGACUGCAGCAUCGGUUAUUGUACGGGAAAAGAACAGGAUGAAGAAUCUCAGUGGGAGGGCUGUGAGUAAUUCAGUUCAACGCGUUCAACAGGGAAAGGGUCGGAUUGAAACUAGCAAGAAGCCUAGAGGAGAUAGGGUCAAAAUCGAGAAGGAAAACUCUCAUUCCAGCAUGGAAUCUGAUUCGAGGAGUUCUAACUUUGUCUUUAUGCAGGGUGCUUCCUCUGCAAUUAGUAAUGGAAAACAAAUUGGAAGGUCAACAAAUCAUGUUGGAGUGAAUGGUGAUGACCCUCCAGCAACUGAACAACAGUCCAGUGAGGAAUUUCAAACUGGUUACCGCAAAGAUAAUAUGGGGCAAGCUGAGGAUCUUUCACAGGACAAUUUAGCUGCUGGCUCAUCUUGGAAGGUUAAAGAAGAGAGAAUAGAGGACCCUUGGCCCACAAAAGAGGGGGAUCCUUUGGUUGAUUCUGUCCUUACACUCAAAUCUGUGCAGGAAGCACUUGAAAAAGAAAUUAAGAAACUCAGGGAGAUUGGGAAGGAAUCUAUUUCGCAAUAUGAGACCUUGUUUGAUGAUAGCAGUUCACCUGCAAAUUUUACAUCUAAUGAUCCAGAAAUCUGUGAACCAAGUUCUGCCGACUGGUUGGGUUCUAAAGAGAAUGGACAAAAUUCUCCAUGUUCCUUGGAAACCCAGGUUUUAAGCCUAAAACAAAGGGUAAAAUGUUUGGAAAGCAAGCUGGAAUCAAUGAGUGGUAUGCUGAAAGUUAAGGAAUCGAAAGUGUUUGAACUUGAAGCUACAUUAAAUAGCAGCAGGUCACAAAUGGGAGAAUCAGGGAGUAACAUAGAGUUGCAACAGGAAAAAUGUAGGGAGAUGGAAACCGAGCUGGAGGGCCUUUUCAAACAGAAGAUUGAAGCUGAAGUCGAGUAUUUGGCAAUAGCACAGACAAUAGAAAAGGUGAGAGCUGCUGCAGAAGAUCAAAUCACAUUUCUUGAAGAACGAAAAGCAGAGGCUGGGGAGCAAGCAAAGAUACUCAUCAAGCUUGGAGAAGCCGAGGGCAGAGUUGUGAUACUAAAAAAGCAAGCUGAGGAGUUGAAGACUUAUUGUGGUGACAUUUUGGGGACACGAGAGGUUCUGAGAAUGCAGAAGAAGGUAUGCAAGGUUACUUUGUGUUUCUUCUUACAGUUGGUAUUGUUGGUUAUAGUAUUUGGGUUUUUAGUUUUGCAGUUAUUCCCUCAUUCUGGGGUGGUUGUACCCACCUAAACUGUGUUUUAACACUUUUUUUUUAGGGUGUAUUCUCAACAUUAUGAAUGUUUAUUUUCAUUCUGUUAAUUGUCUCUUGAGGGUUAUGUCA